AUGGCGGACGCGUCGGUGGAUAUAGAUGAUACCUUUGGAGCGGCUUUGAUUGGGCUUUUGGUGGCAUCAGUGUUAUAUGGAGCGACUAUACUCCAAACUUGGAUAUACUUCUCGUUAGUCUCCACAAGUGACUUGUAUAGGGAUAAGCUACUUAGGAUCGUACAUCGGUUGGAUAGGCACUCUUCCAAGUCAGACACACGAACCACGAAGGCCCUAGUUUUCUCUUUGUUCUUCCUCGACACCAUGCAUCUCAUCCUAUGUAUACGCACGAUCUACUGGUACUUGAUUACAAACUAUAACAACCCGCCCGCUUUGGAUGCAUCGGUCUGGAGCAUGAAUAUCCAAACAGACUUCAACGGCCUGAUUGGUCUCUUUGUCGAACUGUUCUUUGCUCGAAGAGUCUGGAUGAUGAGCGGCAACAUGCUUCUCACAGGAGUUAUAGUCAUUUUGGCGACCAUACAUUUCAGUCUUGGUGUUGUUUUCACUGUCAGAGGGUUUGCUCUCGGAAGAUUCUCUCUGUAUUCAGAACUCACGUGGGUUACUUGCACCGGGCUCGGGAGCGCAGCCGCUGCCGACAUCAUCAUCGCCGGAGCGAUGUGUUGGUAUCUCUUCCAUAGUCGCACAGGGUUCAAACGUACCGAUAGCAUGCUCAUGGCAUUGAUGCUUUAUUCUAUCAAUACCGGUCUGGUCACGAGUGUGGUGGCGACGACUGCAGUCAUUACAUUCGCUAUCAUGCCCACCAAUUUUGUGUGGCUUGCUUGUUUCUGGGUUCUGGGGAAGUGCUACGUCAACUCAUUCCUGGCGAUCUUGAACGGCAGGGAGUCCAUACGUGAGCGGUCUACGCAACCUUCUGAUGGAGUCAUGCAUCUAUCUGCUUUGAGGUCUGUAACCCAAGAGGAUACUUUGAUCUCACAUGGUGGCGUGACUAGCAUUAGCCAGAAGCACACUCGGCCCACGCUUGCGGUUACCGUGGAGACUACAACGGAAUACAAGAGUGACUAUCGUAGCUCACCCAACUCUCCCGUGUCAACAACGUUUUUGACCACGCCCCGCACACAACACCCUCAAUUGAGUCCCCUUCCGGAAGUUGGGAGUGUCGAUUCAAGAGCGCCUUCCGUCACUUCUAUCUCGAUUCCUCAUCCAAAUACGCGACAGAGAGCAUAUUUCUGA